GGCCCUCGCGGUGCCAUGUGGGAUAUUGGAGGAGUCAGGUCGGGUCCUCCGGGCGCUGGAUUGUUGUUGGCGGAAGGGAAGAGGCGGCGACAGGGGACAGCGAGGCCGAUGGAUCGGACAGCCGGACCCAAGAGGCGAGGGCCCGGAGGCGGUGGCGGAGGCGGAGGCGGCGGCGGCCUGAGCUCCAACUCCCGGUCGCUUUCGGCCAACAGUUUGUCGGCCGGCGGGGCCUCGCCGAAGCCGAGCCCCGCUAGCUCUCGCCGCAGGAGGCAGCCGCCCCGGCCGGCCGACUACAAGCUGCAGGUCAUCAUCAUCGGCAGCCGCGGAGUGGGAAAGACCAGCCUGAUGGAGCGCUUCACGGACGACACCUUCAGCGAGGCCUGCAAAUCCACCGUGGGUGUUGAUUUUAAAAUCAAAACAGUAGAACUAAGAGGAAAGAAAAUUAGAUUACAAAUCUGGGACACUGCAGGACAGGAGAGGUUCAACAGCAUUACUUCAGCAUACUACAGGAGCGCCAAGGGAAUUAUCUUAGUGUAUGACAUUACUAAAAAAGAAACUUUUGAAGAUGUACCAAAGUGGAUGAAAAUGAUUGACAAGUAUGCUUCAGAAGAUGCAGAGCUACUAUUAGUGGGAAAUAAGUUAGAUUGUGAAGUUGACCGAGCGAUCUCUCGACAGCAGGGAGAAAAGUUUGCCCUGCAGGUUACUGGGAUGCGUUUCUGUGAAGCCAGUGCAAAGGACAACUAUAAUGUCAGUGAGAUUUUUUUGAAGCUUGUGGAUGACAUCUUAAAUAAGAUGCCCGAUGUACCCAGACGUGAAUUAUCAAACAGCAUCCUGUCGCUGCAACCGGAGCCUGAAAUUCCUCCGGAACUCCCGCCACCUCGACCGCAUGUUCGCUGCUGCUGACCAGUACUUUUCUGCUCCCACGCCAUACUAUGCUCGUACCCAUGUCUCUGCGUUGCUGUAAUACAAUCAGCCUCGCCGUUGUCAUCGUUGCACUUUGUAGGAAUGAUCAAAGAGGAGCUCAGACUAACUUUGUCUAUGUGUGAGAUUUUAAAAUGGUAUAGGAUCAAAUGACACUUCAGAAUAACUGCACAUGGUUUUUUUAAAAAAAAAAUCCUCUGAUCUCUGGCAAAGUUGAUGUUUUCUAUUCUAGUACUGUAUUUAUUGUUGGCGUGCAGUACCACGUGUUUCUAAUGAGUUCGAAAGGACAGUUUUUUGGUACUCUAAAGAAAAUCAGUCUGCUGAAAAUGGCUGUCUAAUAACUAGUGCAAAGCUGCCGUUUCCCCACAGUUCGGCACUUUAAUGCUACCUUCCUUUCAUGAAUAGUGCCAAGAUAUGCACAUUACAGCAGAACUAAUAAAGCAAAUUUGGAAUAUAUUUUAGGAGGAACGAAUCCCAUUAGGUACACGGUUUUAGUCUAGUGCAUUUGUAUGUCGAUGCAGAGACUGCUAUAUGUACUUCUUCCUCCCUCAACCUUCAAGUGUUGGGAACUAAAAGGUAACGUUAAAUUGCGAUUUCAGUCACUUAGAAAAGCACAGUGUAUACCAUUUGUAGCAUAAAGGAAUUGUCCCGAAUCUGUUGCAAAGAAUAAUCAAUGCACAGUGGCAGAAAAGGGUCAUGCAAUUUGGAUCUUAAUUUACUUUGUUUCAAAGACAUAACACUAUAUAGUGGAAAGAGCAAAACUAAGAUCCUUCUGCUUCAGUUCUCAUCAGAAAGCUGACUGUUAAGAAAAGACACUUUGUGCUCACUUUGGAAGCACAUAUACUAAAAGCUAGGGGUGGUGUGGGCUAAGAUUUUAGGUGGGUAUUUUAUAAUGUAUAUGAAAUUUCAAGUGGGCAUUUUAUAGAAGUUGCCUUAUUAAGAUCAAAUAUUUAAAUUUUGGUCUGUUCAGAACCGUUUUGAUUGUGCAAAUGACUGCACCUCACACUUGCAUCAUAACAGUGAGCAGCACUCCCUUAUAAUAUUGUUGAGUUUCAAUUUCAGGUGCCAAGCACAUUGUCAAAUGGGUGCAUUUUUACUUACAGAAAACCCACUUCAGACAAGGCUCGUAAUACGAGCAACAAAGUAGCUUCCGUACCCAGUAUUGCAGAUUAUUGUAGAAAUAUGUCAAAUAAGAGUACAGUAUUCAUUUUGUUUAUAUUAAUGGUCAAGGAAGUAAUUUUGAUAACUUAAAGAACAUUAUGUAUCAUGGAACCCACAACAGGACAGAUUCACUUUACACCUAUACAGCUGUUGAUUCCAGAUUGUGCUCGAAGACAUUGCUUUACAUGGAGUAUGAAGUAGGUCUUCCAACCCAUUAGUGCAUGUGUUAUUUAAAAAGUGAAGUCUGUCUCUUUUGUUGGUGUAGCUAAAUUUUUUUUUUGAUGGAUUAAAAUGUAAGCAUGGUAUGUAAAAUUGUGACCUAUUAAAACUAUAUAUGCCUAAACUA